AUGGACUUCAAAGAAUCAGAGCGUUAUUAUCACGGCUAUAUUUUCCUCCCCUGCUGUACCAAAGAGUGUUAUCAAAAUCAGCCACACAAACUUCAAGAAUAUAGAAGUUUGUAUCCCUCUUUGAUUCCAAAGAAUGAAGCCUUUUUACCGGACAGAGCAAACUCAGUUGACCAAGUUCCUCAUCCGCUAAGGUUCAGUGCUUACCGAGAAGGUGGUUACCGCUUCAUUUUCCCCUCCACGCAAAAAGGCCAAACGCAGUCAUGUGAAAUUUCCCACCCUAAUGGUAUUGACGCGGAAGGUCCGUUGCGUACCUCAUAUAAGGCUGGUAAGUAUAUCAGUCAACCAAGGAAGAAUCAUACUGGCCCGCGCUGGGAAGCGACGUUUGUGGCUAGUUGAGGAACUCUUUGAGCACGCAUCUCUUCAGAUGGUACAAUUACAUUUCUUAACUCACUUUGUUUCCAAGUGCCGGGGUCCCUUUCUCUCUUUUAAAGGCUUUAUAAUGCAUGUUUUACAUUGCUAGUUCUUGAUCUUUUCAGUAGACGAUUUUUUCAAAUGUUUUGUCAAACGUCGAUCCCUUGUAACUGCGCGAGGGUGAUUUCAACUCAAUAUUCUGUUCAACCAUUAUAACUCUUUUUCAGAUUGCUUGUUCUAAAAGUUGAAAACCGCGGCUGACCCAUCUUACAUCCCUACGUUAAACGUUGACCAUGUUUUUUUAACUUUUAGAAGACCAAGCGCGAUACGUUUGAAUUUAUCUUUCACUUCCCGCGUCAAUGUUUUUAAGUUUUAAUUAAGUCUUUAAUUUUUACUCAACUGUGACUGGGAGACAGUGAUAGAAAAAUAAUGAAAUAACGCAUGCUGCAUGACUACAAAGGUAGCAAGCUAUUGAGUUUGCCUUUUUUUUUCAGAAAGCUGCAUGAGGGUACAGAGAGACUGGAAGAUCGAAGCUGGCUGCAAACCGAAGCGCAACCGCACAAUCUUCACAGCAGAUCAGCUAGAGCGACUAGAAAAGGAGUUUGAUCGGCAGCAAUACAUAGUGGGCACGCAAAGGUUCUAUCUCGCCGCUGAUCUAGGCCUCAAUGAAACGCAGGUAAAAGUUUGGUUUCAGAACAGAAGAAUCAAGUGGAGAAGACAGAAUCUUGAAUCUUUACGCAGCUCUGCAGAAAGAAACAGAUAUGAGGUCGAUGGAGAAGAAAGAAGACUGUAG